AAUAACUGCCACUACUUUCCCACAUCUCUGUUUCUUGUUGAACUUGUUAAAGAAAAACAGAAACAGAGUUGGUGUGGUGUAUGCCUGCAGACAGGAACUUGCCCAUCUCUUUGGUUUUAACUGUUUCCCAAAGUGCACAGCUUUAAUACCAUACCAUCAUCCAUACUCUCUCCCUCUCUCAAAGCUUCAAUUUUUGAAGCAAUCAGGAAGAGCACAAACCCUAGCAACCCAUCAUCAUCAUCUACUUCUUCAUCCAAAAAAAAUAAUAAAUAAAUAAAUAAUGGCUGCUCUUAAUCUUCGACAACCACCACCAGAGGAUGAAUGGGUUCACACUUAUCUAAGAUUGCUUCCUCAAUGGAAACCUCUUGCUCUUUCUCACCAGUCAAUGAUACCGAUUUCAAUAUCUAGAGUUAAUCAAUUUGAUGCUGCGAGAUUGGACAUUGAAAUGUCAGCUAUGUUAAAGGAACAAUUGGUUAAGGUCUUUUCUCUAAUGAAGCCAGGGAUGUUAUUUCAAUAUGAGCCGGAACUUGAUGCUUUCCUUGAGUUUCUCAUUUGGAGGUUCUCUAUCUGGGUAGAUAAGCCUACUCCAGGAAAUGCUCUCAUGGACCUGAGGUACAGAGAUGAACGUGCAAUGGAAUCAAGAGGAAAAGUUAGAACAGGUUUGGAAGGACCUGGACUGACCAUUGCACAGAAAAUUUGGUAUUGCAUUGCCACUGUUGGUGGUCAGUACACCUGGGCUCGCUUACAGUCAUUCUCUGCUUUUCGUAGAUGGGGUGAUUCUGAACAGAGGCCACUGGCAAGGCGUGCAUGGAUUUUGAUACAACGUGUUGAGGGACUUUAUAAAGCUGCUUCAUUUGGCAACCUACUAAUAUUUCUUUACACAGGACGAUUUAGAAACCUCAUUGAAAGAGUCUUGCAAGCAAGGCUUGUCUAUGGAAGCCCUAAUAUGAACCGAGCAGUUAGCUUUGAGUACAUGAAUCGCCAGUUAGUGUGGAAUGAAUUUUCGGAGAUGUUGCUGCUACUUCUACCUCUUCUUAACUCCUCGUCUGUUAAAAAAUUUCUUAGCCCAUUUUCAAAGGAUAAAUCUUCAAGCUCCAAAGUAGAUGAUGAUACUUGUCCAAUUUGCCAGGCAAUUCCAACAAUUCCAUUUCUUUCUCUUCCCUGUCAGCACAGCGUGGCUGAAUUUCCAGAAUGUGCAUCUCUACCCCCUCCCCCAAAAUCUGAUUUUUUUCCUGCUGCUAGGUACUGCUACUACUGCCUUAGAACACGAUGUGCUGCAGCUCCAUCAUUCCGCUGUCCCAGAUGUGGCGAGCCAGUGGUUGCUAUGCAGCGCCAUGGUGGUUUAGCUGGUAAUACAAAUCCGAACCAAUGAUUACUGUAGGGUGGUAGGAUGGAAUGGUAGAGUACUGUAUAAAAUAUGCCAAGAAAUAGGCAUACAAUAUAAUCAAGUGAUGACGUUUUUUCUGUAGAAGUAUUUACCCCCCUAAUCAAGUUGGGGAAUCAUUCUUUGCCAUCUUUAUGUGACCGUGAAUAUUCUUUUCAACGAUACCAUCAAUUCAUCAAAAACAAGGAUUAAAAUUUCUUUCUUGAUUAA